GCCAGAUCAAGUGGUUGAUUUCAUAAUAUUUUUCAAUAAGUUACGAAUUUGAAUCAUAGAACUUAGUGCAUAGGAUCAUCUGAUUUUGACGGAAAAAUGAAGAUCUACUACGUAAUUUUGUUAUCAGCUAUUUCUAUUAACAUUUUCUGGACGCAUGGUGAGGGCAUAGAACGCACAGAUGAAUUUGGAUUCGUGCAGCUAAAUAACAUGCUCAACUCUUGCAGAGAAAGCUUGCUUAUACCAUUUUCGGAUGAUGAGCAGACUGUAGAUGAAAGACAACUCAUGAAUUGGAUGGAUAACUUAUGGAGACAGAUGGUACUAACUUACAAUGACACGUAUGAAGAAGACGACAGUCUGGUAUCGACGUGCAUAGAUGACAUAGAAAGAGUUCGUGCACUAAUGGAAGGUCGAAUAAUACCGUGAGAGGUCUAAAUGAACGGAAGAGAAAUUCGAAGACAACAACGUUUUGGUGUAUGCAACCCUCUCACAAAUCAAGAUGUUGAUAUUAUUAUUAUAUUAAUUUGGCACGCAUGUAAUAAAGGUACCUAAUCACUUAUCUGCAUAAAA